CGCUACGCACCUUUCUGUAGUUCUAACGCAGCAGGAACAACGAUGAAGAAGUAGUUGCUUCCGAUUCUCGAAUGCAUGAAAUGCAUGUGUUUGAGUAUUUAUGGAGUUUAACUUAGAUAGUUAGUAGGAUAGUUGGGGUCGACAUGGACCUCCUGGCUGAGGAGUUCGGGGACCUGACCCCCCAGCAGAUCGCAGCUCCUGUCAACACUAUAGAGGAAAAAUGGAAAUUGCUCCCGGCUUUCUUAAAGGUCAAAGGUCUGGUAAAGCAGCACAUCGACUCAUUCAACUACUUCAUCAACGUGGAGAUCAAGAAAAUCAUGAAAGCAAACGAGAAGAUCACCAGCGAUGCUGACCCCAUGUGGUACCUCAAGUACCUGAACAUAUACGUGGGCAUGCCGGAUGUGGAGGAGAGCUUCAAUGUCACCAGGCCCGUCUCUCCCCAUGAGUGCCGUCUGCGAGACAUGACCUACUCAGCGCCCAUCACCGUGGACAUCGAGUACACAAGAGGCAGCCAGAGGAUCAUCCGCAACGCCCUGCCCAUUGGAAGAAUGCCCAUCAUGCUGCGCAGCUCCAACUGCGUGCUCACAGGGAAAUCCCCCAUGGAAGUGUCCAAACUCAACGAGUGCCCUUUGGAUCCAGGUGGGUACUUCAUCGUGAAAGGGCAGGAGAAGGUGAUCCUGAUCCAGGAACAGCUCUCCAAGAACCGCAUCAUCGUGGAGCAGGACAGGAAAGGAGCCGUCGGGGCCUCGGUCACCAGCUCAACCCAUGAGAAGAAGAGUAGGACGAAUAUGGUUGUGAAGAAAGGCAGAUUCUACCUGAGACAUAACACUCUCUCUGAGGACGCGCCCAUCGCCAUUAUAUUCAAGGCCAUGGGUGUGGAGAGUGACCAGGAGAUUGUUCAGAUGAUUGGAACAGAGGAACACGUGGUGGCCAACUUCUCCCCCAGCCUGGAGGAGUGUCAGAAGGCCGAGAUCUUCACCCAGACUCAGGCCUUGAAGUACCUGGGCAACAAGGUGAGGCGACAGAGGAUGUGGGGUGGACCCAAGAAAACCAAGAUGGAGGAGGCUAGGGAGCUACUGGCCCAGCUCAUCCUCACGCACGUACCAGUGAAGGAGUUUAACUUCCGGGCGAAGUGUGUGUACCUGGCGGUGAUGGUGCGCCGGGUCAUCCUGGCUCAGGGGGAGCACAAGGUGGAUGACAGGGAUUACUAUGGAAACAAGCGUCUGGAGCUGGCUGGGCAGCUGCUCUCUCUGCUGUUUGAAGACCUGUUUAAGAAGUUCAACUCAGAGCUGAAGAAGAUCGCCGACCAGAUCAUACCCAAGCAGAGGGCAGCUCAGUUUGACGUGGUGAAGCACAUGAGGCAGGACCAGAUCACCAACGGCAUGGUCAACGCCAUCUCCACCGGGAACUGGUCCCUGAAGAGGUUCAAGAUGGACCGUCAGGGCGUUACCCAGGUGCUGUCCCGCCUCUCCUUCAUAUCCGCCCUGGGCAUGAUGACCCGCAUCUCCUCCCAGUUCGAGAAGACCCGCAAGGUCAGCGGGCCGCGCUCCCUGCAGCCGUCCCAGUGGGGGAUGCUGUGCCCAUCAGACACGCCCGAGGGAGAGGCCUGUGGUCUGGUGAAGAACCUGGCACUGAUGACCCACAUCACCACUGACAUGGAGGACGGACCCAUCAUCAAGCUGGCCAUGAACCUGGGCGUAGAGGACGUCAACCUGCUGUGUGGAGAGGAGCUCUCCUACCCCUCCGUCUUCCUCGUCUUCCUCAACGGUAACAUCCUGGGGGUGAUCAGAGACCACCAGAAGCUGGUCAGCACCUUCAGGCUGAUGCGUCGAGCUGGCUUCAUCACAGAGUUCGUCUCCAUCUCAACCAACCUGACGGACCGCUGUGUGUACAUCUCCUCGGACGGGGGGCGCCUGUGUCGGCCCUAUAUCAUCGUGAAGAAAGGUCAGCCGAUGGUGAAGAACCGACACAUCGAUGAGCUUUCUCAGGGCUACAGAACCUUUGAGGAUUUCCUUCACGAGAGUUUGGUGGAGUAUCUGGACGUGAACGAGGAGAACGACUGUCAGAUAGCUCUCUAUGAGCACAUGAUCACCAAAGAGACAACACACCUGGAGAUCGAGCCCUUCACGCUGCUUGGAGUAUGUGCUGGUCUCAUCCCCUACCCCCACCAUAACCAGUCCCCUAGGAACACAUACCAGUGUGCUAUGGGCAAGCAGGCCAUGGGCACCAUCGGCUACAACCAGCGGAACCGCAUCGACACGCUGAUGUAUCUGCUGGCCUACCCCCAGAAGCCCAUGGUGAAGACCAAGACCAUCGAGCUCAUCAACUUCGAGAAGCUCCCUGCCGGCCAGAACGCCACUGUGGCGGUGAUGAGCUACAGCGGCUAUGACAUUGAGGACGCCCUGAUCCUCAACAAGGCCUCGCUGGACAGAGGGUUCGGAAGGUGCCUUGUGUAUAAGAACGCUAAGUGCACCUUGAGGCGCUAUACCAACCAGACGUUCGACAAGGUGAUGGGCCCCAUGCUGGACGCAGCCACGCGCAAGCCCAUCUGGAGGCACAACAUCUUGGACGCCGACGGCAUCUGCUCCCCUGGGGAGAAAGUGGAGAACAAGCAGGUGUUGGUGAACAAGGCCAUGCCGACCGUGACCCAGACGCCACUGGAGGGCAGCACCCAGCCAGGCCAGCCCCAGUACAGGGACGUGCCCAUCGGCUACAAGGGCUCCACCGACUCCUACAUCGAGAAGGUGAUGAUCUCAUCCAACGCCGAAGACGCCUUCCUCAUCAAGAUCCUCCUCAGGCAGACCAGGAGACCCGAGAUCGGAGACAAGUUCAGCAGUCGGCACGGACAGAAAGGUGUGUGUGGCCUCAUCGUUCAGCAGGAGGACAUGCCGUUCUGUGACACGGGGAUCUGUCCGGACAUCAUCAUGAACCCCCACGGCUACCCGUCCAGAAUGACGGUUGGGAAGCUGAUCGAGUUGCUGGCCGGUAAGGCUGGGGUUCUGGACGGCCGGUUCCACUACGGCACGGCAUUCGGGGGAAGUAAAGUGAAAGACGUGUGUGAGGAUCUGAUCCGGUUCGGAUACAACUACCAGGGCAAGGACUACGUGACCUCCGGCAUCACCGGAGAGUCCCUGGAGGCCUACAUCUACUUUGGACCGGUCUACUACCAGAAGCUGAAGCACAUGGUCCUGGAUAAGAUGCACGCCCGGGCGAGAGGGCCGCGCGCCGUCCUCACCAGGCAGCCCACUGAGGGCCGAUCCCGUGACGGCGGUCUGCGUCUGGGGGAGAUGGAGCGGGACUGUCUGAUUGGCUACGGUGCCAGCAUGCUGCUGCUGGAGCGGCUCAUGAUCUCCAGCGACGCCUUCGAGGUGGACGUCUGCGGCCAGUGUGGGCUGCUGGGCUACUCGGGCUGGUGCCAUUACUGCAAGUCGUCGUGCUUUGUGUCCACUCUGAGGAUCCCCUAUGCCUGCAAGCUGCUGUUCCAGGAGCUGCAGUCCAUGAACAUCAUCCCUCGCCUCAAGCUAGCCCGCUACAACGAGUGAGCGUCCUGUCUGCUGCAGUGAGACGGUGUUCAGUACCUCACCACUGCAGUGAGACGGUGUUCAGUACCUCACCACUGCAGUGAGACGGUGUUCAGUACCUCACCACUGCAGUGAGACUGUGUUCAGUACCUCCCCACUGCAGUGAGACGGUGUUCAGUACCUCACCACUGCAGUGAGACGGUGUUCAGUACCUCACCACUGCAGUGAGACGGUGUUCAGUACCUCACCACUGCAGUGAGACGGUGUUCAGUACCUCACCACUGCAGUGAGACGGUGUUCAGUACCUCACCACUGCAGUGAGACGGUGUUCAGUACCUCACCAGAGCAGUGAGGGGGCUUGGGGCUGGAUUGUUACUCGGCCCGCUGUUAGGAGUCUCAUUAAUAUGGGAUGUAUUGUGUAGUUUUUUGUUCUUCAUUGAUACAUUAUUUUGUUUGUGUUUGCACAUAAUAAAGCCUUGUUUCACAAUUUGCAAUUUUGUUGUUUGAGAUAUUCAUUUAAUUAGCCAAUUUUAAGGUAGGGUGUUGAAUUUGAGACCAGUAUACGAGACAUUUCACACUGGGGUUCCAGUUCAAUGAAUCAGAGAAUUAAACGCAUA